UGACCACCCUACAAAUUCACCAUCCAGGAGCUGAUGAUGAUAACCUCUGCACAGCUGUAACAGGUAUCCUCAGCUUUCCCUCCACAUUUGUAGCUGAAUUGCUGGCCAAACAAUCACAAACAACUGAGUGAAACGGAUAAGACGAGGCAGUUUAUAAGCGGCAGGUAUUAUCAAGAUGAUCUGGGCCCUUGGGUGCUUGCUUUGUGCGGCUGGGGGUUUAGGAGCAGCCCGUGCAGGUCCGCUGACAAAGACCAGCAAGAUGGAAGGUACAGCUGCACCUGAGGAGGAAGUCAACGUGCUCAUGUUUGGCGUCAUUCAGUUCAGCGAAUCCCUCAACUAUGUUUAUGAAACCACUGAGGCAAAGAUAGUGAAAAUCAACCAGGCUUUGAAGAGCCAUGAGGGGACUCUCCAAAAGCUGGGGGUGCAGACUGAGCAGGCUGCCGAGGUGGAGAGACAGAUGAAAGAAGUGAUACAGUUGCUACAGGCCCAGAUGGCCAAGCAACAGGCUCAGACCAAGAUGACUAAAGACUGGCUGGCCAGCGUGGAGCAGGAAGAGGCAGAUCUGAAGACAAAAGUGAAGAGGUUGGAGAUGUACAUCAACAACUCCGCACCCACCGUCAAAGAGCUGCAGGGGAGAGCAGAGGACCACUCCAUGAUCUUGAAAGGUUUACAGCAUUUGAUCCAGUUCCAGAGAGAGAAUAUUGAGACUCAGAAGGAGCAGCUCUCUAAAUUGCAGAAGAUGAGUGAAGCUAUGACAUAGUUGUUUAAUGAUUUCACCACUGAGGUCUCCCAGUCUAUGCAGCUCUGAAUGAGACGGGUCCACAUAGAUCUCAACUCUGGAACGUCACUGCACUCCCUUAUAACCCUGCUAUGUACACUUCAAAUCUACUGUAUUGCCAGAAAAUAGCUUUUGUUAGUACCCUUAUGAUCAUGUCCACUGUCAUCUAUAUAUUUAGCUAAGACUAAUGUAGUAUAUAACAACAGUCCUACAAUAAAUCCUCCUUCAGACAGUUAUAAUAUUAAGUUUGUUUUGAAACAGUUUUAGAGAGGUGUUGAUUCAUCUUAAUGAUCAGUUAUAGGCUGUAGUUUAUCAAUUAAUUCGUAUUGCAUUGUACUGAGAGGUGCUUCAAUUAUUUUGUCCACCUAAUUUAUGUCAGUGAGGGUAGGUUUUAAUAACAGAAACACCUCUCUGAACUACAGCCUCCAAAAUUAUUAUACAGUUGAAUCAGCACCUCUCUAAGCUAUGUGUACCUAAUAAACUGAGUGUAUUCGUUAUGUAAUAUUUCUUGUAUCUUUUGUUUGUCUUGACGUUGAUGUACUUUGUAAACUUCAAAUAAAGUUCUUAAAUUAUUAGAAGAUUUUGUUUCACUAAAAAAGAUCAUUGGUUAUUUGUAACAAAUCGAAAACUCAAAGAUAAUAGCUUGUUUUUCUCUAUGUAUAUUUUACAAAACAAUAAUAUCAAUAAAAUGUGUUUUAAUUUGAAAUUAAGAA